GCACCCUUUGCCCAGCCUUUUUGGGGCGCCCAACGUGUUGCACCUGUGCCAGGGUCACAGGCCUCCAGGGCCAUGGAGCUUGCUGGAGGCAUGAGCCAGCAGUCCCUGGGCGACAGCAGGAAACCCACGGGCAUGAAGGGCAAAGUGCACGACCUGGCGACCACUCUGCACUCGCAGAGUGAGGAGCUCGGCAUCGAAAAGGGCAACAUGCAGAGUAUCAAGUCCGAGCAGGCCACGUCGACCAGCGGAAUGCAGGCGAUGCCCAGGAACCUGGGAAGCUCAGGGUUCGGACGGGCUGCUGUGGCUCUGGCCCUCUUCGCACUCGACGCCGACCGCAGCGUAGGCACCAUGGGCGCUCUCAGCCGGACGGGAUGGGCGUCCGCCCCAGCAGCACUCGUUUGCACAGUCGUGGCAUUGCUCGGAGUGUCAGAUGCUCGGAAUCCCACGUCUGACGUGCCCAUCUACACCACCUCUGAUGUCGACGUAGGGGCGGAGCGCCACUGGGCGCUUGUGCUGGAGGACGAUGCUACAGAUGAAGAGCUGGGUGGCAUUCGGCAGGAGUUGAACAACGGGCAGCACAGCCAUCCGGGCAGAGGCCAGAUGCCACUUGUGGUGGGAAGCAUGACCAGAAAGUCUCUCAAUGCGCUGCUGGCGAGGCACAAGGGGCGAGUGAAGUUUGUUCAAGAGCACAUGUGGGCGACCAUCUCGGGCCCGUGCACUCUAGACGGCACGUGCGUGCAGAGCCCGAACCAUCCGAGCAACUACGGUGGAAACCAGAUGUGCACGAUCGGGAUCGACGAGGCGAACGCAGCUCCGAUUGUCGUGGAAGCCUUCAACACAGAGUCCAACAGCGACUACCUCAUUGUCAACGGACACAUGUGGGCGACCAUCUCGGGCCCGUGCACUCUGGACGGCACAUGUGUGCAGAGCCCGAACCAUCCGAGCAACUACGGUGGAAACCAGAUGUGCACGAUCGGGAUCGACGAGGUGAACGCAGCCCCGAUUGUCGUGGAAGCCUUCAACACAGAGUCCAACAGCGACUACCUCAUUGUCAACGGAGUGGAGCUGGAGGUCGCAAGCGACAGCGUGGUAUCCCCUGCUGUUUCUUACAGGCCCUGCGACGGCCAGCCGUGGCCGGCGGCGCGCGGAGUGCCCCGCGUGCUCGUGGUGAGGUCUCCGAAUGGGCAGAGCUCCUGCGAGGGGGCCUACUCGUUGGCGGUGGAGGACGUCGGGAUGCCUCAGGGGAUGCCAGUGUGGGCGAACGGCAAGGGCAGGUGGCUGUACUCCAGCCCCGUCGGCACCUGGAGACAUCGGCGGCUCCCAGGCCCAGGCGAGCAGGUUCAUCAGCUAUUCGGCCCACCUCUUCAGCCAGGCCUCGCACAUGGGGGCCAUGCCAGACCAGGUGCCCAGAACCUGGUGGCGUGCGGAGGGUCAGGAGUUCAAGGAGGACUUGGACGUCGCUGUCACGGCGAUGGACUUGACAGUCCUCGCAGGGUGCCUCAUAAAGGACAGGGACUGCAAUGCGGAGGAGGACGCCGUGCUCCCGGCCGUCGCGGGCCCGUCGCCCGCGGCGGCGCGGCCGCUCCGGCCGAGCCCCAGGCAGAGCCGCGAGCCUCGAGCCUCCGCAGCAGAGCCUCGAGACCUCGCGGGCCCCGGAGAGCCGAAGGACUACCGACUGAUCCAGCCGCCUCGCGGACGCGGGCCAGUCGGUGCGCCGGGGCUGCGCCUGAGCUCGGCAGGGCCUCGGGCUCUGGGGGCAGCGGCGGUCCCUCCGCCGGACGAGCGGGGCGCCGGCGACGGCGGCGCCUCGAAGAGUGGGCCUCGCCUCGGACGCUGGUGCCUGCUGCCUGCUGCGAAUGGCCGCGCGCCGCGCCCCGCGCCGCGUGCGGGGCGCGGAGCUCUCGCCCCUGCUGGCCUCGCGUCUCCUCUCCAGUCGGAGAUUGCCGGAGGGGCUCGUUGCGCGCGGUCGGUCUGGUGCGUGGGGCCCAACGCCGAUCCGAGAACUCCGCGAAAUUGUGUUUGUUUUGUUUUUGUCCCUAG